GCCGCCGCAGUCUCGCGGAGUCCGGGCGCGCGCGCACCCGCACCUCGUGCCCUGGUGCCACGUGCUGACAGUUCAAUGACGGUGUGCACAUGCUGAUGUUUUGUUUUGUGAGCCGCAGCAGAUAAUAACGAUCAAAGUGUUGGCUGUCAAGCUGGAGAUGAAGACGGAGCACCGCACGUGCUGCGCGUGCGGCGAGCCGAUCGCAGACCGCUUCCUGCUGGAGGUGGGCGGCGGCGCGUGGCACACCGGCUGCCUGCGCUGCUGCGUCUGCGCCGUGCAGCUCGACCGCCACCCCUCCUGCUUCCUGCGCGACCGACAGGUCUACUGCAAGCAGGACUAUGCCAAGAGUUUCGGCGCGAAGUGCUCCAAGUGCUGCCGCGGCAUCUCGUCCUCGGACUGGGUGCGCAAGGCGCGCGAGCAGGUCUACCACCUCGCCUGCUUCGCCUGCGACGCCUGCGGCCGCCAGCUGUCCACCGGCGAGCAGUUCGCGCUGCACGAGGACAGGGUGCUCUGCAAGCCUCACUACCUGGAGACGCUCGACGGAGGCUCCAUUUCUUCUGAUGAUGGCUGCGACUCGGAGGGCUACCACAAGAGCAAGGCGAAACGCGUGCGCACCACCUUCACGGAGGAGCAGCUGCAAGUGCUGCAGGCGAACUUCCAGCUGGACUCCAACCCUGACGGACAAGACCUGGAGCGGAUCGCGCAAGUGACGGGACUCAGCAAGCGGGUCACGCAGGUCUGGUUCCAGAACAGCCGCGCCAGGCAGAAGAAGCACCAGCACACCGGGAAGGGCAAACAGAGCCAAUUGGUGUCCCGUGACGCAGACCCGGCGGGGUUUGGCCGCCCUAUCAACCUCCACCUCACCUACUCGUUCCAGAACAAACCGCCUUUUGUGCCGAUAGAUGGAACGUCUUUCACGGAUUCUUCAAUGGAUGAGCUGUCGGAGGACUCCUCCAUCCACUGCAUGCAGAGCGAGGUGUGAGCUGCUGGGCACCACCAGUGCAUGCCCGGAGUCACUGCCCGAGGCCCUCGAUACUGUUUACAAACAUAUUCCUUCAACCGCUCCAGGGUCGGAUGUACCAGCGUUGUAAGGUCUCAUUGCUGACUAUACGUGUAAUGUAUAUUAAUAUACAGUACACUGUACGGUUGUAUAACCGCAAACCAACCAGAGCCUUGUAACAAUAUUCUUAUGACAACGACAUAAUUUAAUCUCAUACUUGCAAUAACUAUAGCAGCACGCUUUAUACAUAUUCUAAAUACUUACUUAAACAUAAUUUAUACAUCUAAAUGUGGACAUUUGAUAUUUAUUGUAAAAAGUUGUAUUUAUUUAUUUAUUUCCAGUAACUGUGAUACGUUCUCUAUCGUAACUGUUUUCGAUUAGUUUACAAUUAUACAUUUCAUAAAUAUUGUACUAAAAAUCUAACUGAAAUAAGAUUAUCUCUGCAAUUUUAUAAAUCUUUAGAGUAGGUACUAUUUAGUUUAGUGCCAAAUCGUAGUAAUAAGAGGUAGCAACUUUAACGUGAAGAAAAAGCAAUAGUAAUUGAGAGAGUACUUAAUCUAGAAUAUAUUCAUAACUAAUUACAUUCCUGUGCGAUCAGAGCAUAGUCUGUUGGCCUAAGUGUAAGAGAAGAAAGCAGCGCGACCGUCUCGCGUGCGGGCAGACGCGCGGGCCGCAGUCCCAGCCUCCGCUGCGUAGAGUAUGCCGAUUUCCCGUGAUAUUUACAAAAGCAAUUUCACUACAUAUCAACAUAAGAUUUUAUCUUUCGGACACCAAUUUAGCCGAAUUGGGUGCCAGUAUGCCAAGGUACCGCUGGCCGAGUAGGUACAAGCAGUUACUGCUAGACUGUCGACAUUAAGUUGAUACGCACACCGUCGAUGUGAUCUUAUCAAGCAUUAUUCACUUCACAGUAUGUUCGUAGGUCUAUACGACAUGUUUCAAUAUCCAUGUAAUGUUAGUGUGUACUGCUCACCGCAAUAAUUUAUUGUCAUUCAUACUAUAUACGUACUCACUAGGCACAUAGGAUACUCCCGAGUGUACAACACACUCGAAUUGUAAUUUGACCUCCUCAAGUCAUUGUAUUUAUUUAACUUACUGCCGUAAUCUGAGUUUUUUAAUGGUUACUUAACCUAGUCCUUAGCAAUUGUUGUCGAUACAAGAUCACUACUAAGGAAUAGUUGAAGUAAUCAUUAAAAAUAAGUUUUGAAACUGACAUGGUCACUAACACUAACAUUAGAACUUAAAACGUGAUAUUUACCAUGAUUCUAUGAUUCUAUGAGAUUCAGAUAUUUCAGCAUUGUUGCAAGCGCCAUGAUCACGGGAUAAACUCGUUCAUGAUCAUGGCGUUUGCUGUUGCAAGCGUCUAAAGUUCUAAUGUUCGUAAUCAUUAAAAUAUAUCUCUGAGUGCAGCAUUUAAUAACAUAAUUUAUCAUAACUGGAAUUGAUCUAUCUUUAACAUGAGAUUUGUUAAAUGUUCUUAACCUUAUUUCUCUAUACAUUGUAAAAAUUCAAUAUGAUAUUUCAGUUACUCUAGUUGUUAUCGAUAUAGCCUGUCAAUUUAUUACACCGGCGGCGUAUCGCCUACCGAGGGUACGAUUACAUUCACUUCAGUAUUGUAAAUAGACAACUUAUGUAAGUAAAAUACUUGAUUAUUGUAAAUAAGAUGAGAGUGUGUCAGCGGGGCUGGUGGCUCGCCCGCUGCCCCCUGCACGCCCUCUAUAGGAUAUUUAUUAAUUUAUGAUCGUAGAUGUAAGUGACAUAAUGUAGCGCGUCAUCUUGUCAUUUUAUUGUAAUUACCUAAUUAGUUGCUACAAGUACUAGGUACUUAAGUUUAUUCUGUACAAAUUUUUAAAUAUAUUGUUGGUUAAUUGUGA